AUGCCAGUACACUCCGAGGCAGGUCUUUCCCCUGGUGUCCACAGCCUCAGAUAUGCAGAUAAAUGCCAGAAGCAUAGGAAGCGUGUCCAGGAAAGAUCGGCACUGCCAUCGACUAAGCGGCGGCGACUUCAACUAAAACAAGAGCGGUCAAUAACACAAGGUGCUCAAGAAGCUCUUGAAGGCAUGUCCUAUCAGUCAGAGAUUGGGCAUUCAGAUGAUGCUGACAUCCAAAAGCUGCCAGAUCCAGUCCCUCGUGGUGACUUCAAACCUAUAGUUCUGCCAACAGGACAGCCUACAUACAUUGCUUUUGACCUGGAGACAACUGGCCUUAUACACGAUGGCCAGAUCCCACAUAUUACCCAGGUUGCUGCCACAGAACCUAAAAGUGGGAAAGCUUUCAAUAUGUAUGUUCUACCUACAUUGCCCAUAUCUGACAAGGCACAAGAAGUGACCGGCCUAAGAAUGGUGGAUCACAAGAUGCAGUACAAUGGAACUAAUGUAGAGGCUUAUUCCAUAUAUGAAGCUUUGAAAUCAUAUUGUGAUUGGUUAGAAAAAUUUCAGAAUGUUGUAUUGGUUGCGCAUAAUGGCAGAAGAUUUGACUUUCCUGUUUUGUUGACGGCAUGUGACAAUGUAGGAUUGAGGGACAGAAUGUGUAAGUGUGUUGCUGGAUGUGCGGAUUCACUGUCUAUAUUUAGAAAAGCAUACCCAAACAGGAAGUCUUACAAACAGGAAGACCUUGCAAAGGAUCUAUUGGGAGCUUCAUACUGUGCUCAUAAUGCUUCAGAAGAUGUCUCGAUUCUUGGUAAACUUAUUCACCACUUGGACAUAUUAUCUGUUGAUCUGCUGCCACACACAUUUUCAACAAAAUCUGUGUACAAUUCCCAGUUGUGCAGUCGGGAAAAAGCAAAGAAUUUGCCUUCACUUAGAGUAUUGAUUUAUAAUAGUGUGUGUAAGUUAACUACAGCCGAGAAUAUUGCUGCGUCCGGCUUGAACCUACAACAUCUAAGGUGCAUCUUUAAGCGCCAAGGCGAAGAUGGUCUUCGGAACAUUUUCGUGAUGAAGAACUGUGACGGUCAGCCACGAGUAACUAAUACUAAAAGAACAUUAGAAACUGUUAUCCCUGCCCUUGCACAGUAUUUUUCAAGGAAUUAG